CAAUCUGAUACUCUAGCAUUUAUUUCGUUGAAUGAAACUUGCAAACAACAUCUACUAAGAAAUUUCAACUUGCGAAAAUUUGCGAAAAUUUACAAGCUCACUAGAAUGAUUAACUUAAAUUCAGAAAAUAUUUUGAUUAGUGUAAGUAGGUACCUAUUGUAUUUAUUUGUCUCCGUAACACUCUGUAAACAUGUACAUAAAUGUGAAAAAGAGGUGUAGGUAGGUACAACCGAAGAUUAGAUUAAAUAAAAUAAAAAAUCUCACAAUGAUGUCACAACUACAUAUAAAAUGAAAAAUACCAUGAGACGAGAUUCAAAAUAGAACAUGACGAGUCAAAUAGGUACAUACAAUAAUUUCAUACCAUGUUCAACAGUUGCAGGAAGAUUUUGUCACCGCCGCUAUUGAGUUCAAAAAAUGGGGAAAGUGCCCAGAGGAGCAGUUCGCAGACAAAUCAUUGCUUUGAUUCCAGUGUACAUGAACGUAUUUAUGAUGGGAUGUGGGAAUGGUUGGCUUCCAAAUGCGAUAUACUUCAUGAUGAUAGGACAAGAGGUGCAUGCGACGUCUACACAAUGCGCAAUGAUUGCAUCAUUCAGUGAAUUAGGAAGAAUCAUAUUUGCCAUACCGGCAGGAAUCUUGGCAGAUAAAUACGGAAGGAAGAAAAUAACAAUAGCCAUUAGUUUCUUACAUUUUUUCAUAUGGUUGGGCGUUUCAUUGGAUACAUCUUUAAUAACAAUUUAUGCAGGAAGAUUGAUCGUAGGAGUAGCAACAGCUCUAGUCAACGCCACAGCCCUAACAUCAAUAGGAGAAAUAGCAUCACCAGAAAUUCGAGGCCAGCUGACCAGCAUAUACCAAAUUUUCAUGAACGUUGGAGCAAUAUUAACAGGAGUUAUAAGUGCACUAUUUUCCUCGUAUAAAUUACUUUCCUGGGGCAUAGCAUUUUUUUCAACCGUAAGUUUGUUACCAAUGCUGUGGGUCUCAGAAACACCCAGUUUUCUAAUCACUGUAUCAAAACUGGAACAAGCUAAAACCAACCUUCAAAGAAUUAGAAAAGGAUACAGUGAACGUGAAAUAGACGAAGAAUUUGAAAAAUUGAAAAAAUACAUCGAAGAUGAACGAAUUCGUAAGAGUCAAGUCAGUUGGGCAAAAUUCCUCAAAUCUAAAGCAAUUAGAAAACCAUUAUUUUCCGGAACGUUAUUAAAUUUUUUUUCAAUGUUCACCGGAGGAGCUUUAAUUGCAACUUACAUAACUGCAAUAUAUCCAUCCAACGACUACGUUCCUAAAAAAUACUACCCUUUGAUUAUUCAAAUCCUUUAUUUUUUUAUGGCCUUUGGUACAGUAUUUUAUAUCGAUAAGUUUCCACGCAGAAGUAUAUUCAUGAUAGGUGCUGCCACUAUGGCCAUAGUCAAUGCAUUCUGCUCAUUUAUUAGUUUCUUUGAUUUCGAAAAUCAGCCCGAACAAGUUUUCAAGUGGAUCUUCAUCGUGAGCAAUUUAUCAUUAGUGUUGUGUUUCGGUGCUUCUGUGCAACCGAUAAACAGCGCCAUAAAAUCUGAACUUUAUCCUCAGGCGGUGAAGGGAUUUUGUGGAUCACUCGGAGUUAUAAGUCAGGCGUUGGCCCUAAUAGUUAUGUAUCAAUUAUACAAUUGAAGAGUGAUAUUCCAAAACUCGCUUUGUCCAUUUUCACAACUUUUCAGGAGAGAGGAAAAACAGUUUCCCUUUAAACGGGUAAAUUGGCUUUUUAGGCGAGUUUAGCACUUUAUUUGGGUGGAUUUAUGAUGUAGGAGUGUAGGUAUACAUUUCAUCCACUAAAUACUGCUGAAAAAAAGUUCAAUAAAAAUGGACAAAGCGCGUUUUGGAACAUUAUUUUUUUUUUAAAUUUUUAGUGAAUUGGCUAUUUAGGUGAGUUUAACACCUCAUUUUGGUAGGUUAAUGAUGUGGGAAUGUGAGUUAAUACUUCAUCUACCAGGUACCACUGAAAACCCAACUUUGAUAAAAAUGGACAAAGCGAGUUUUGGAAUAUCACUCUUCAAUUUCAUCAAAGCUCACUCUCAUCUAUAUUUAAUGUACAUAGUUUUAUCUGUUAAUUCGAUUGUCCUAUAUUUAGUUAUAUAUUAUCUCCUACCGGAAGGUCGUGGCACGUUCCUUACAGAUUUACAAGAGAAAUUCAAGGAGGAAUUGAAAUCAUCCAACACCUCAAAUGUUGAAAAAAAUUCUCAAAAUUUAUAUCCAUAAGUAGGUAGGUAGAUACUUUUUUAACUGACUGAACGGCUUAUUUCAACAUGGUGGUAUGUUAGGCUCAUUGAGUUGAAGGGGAGGGGGAAGAGGAUUAUUAAAUAGGUACUUUGGGUGAUAUUGAAAAUUGUUUGAAAACGCAAUGGCUCAACUUUCACUUAAUUUUACCAAUACGUACCCAAUUAUUUUACCGUUUGUUUUAUAAACAGGUAGCUUCAAGUGUUAUAAAAUUUGUUGUAAAAAUGUUUGAGAAAUUAAAUCACAAUUUCUAGCACAGUUUUGAAGUUCUUUUUAAAUUUUUCAGCACAAAUGUACCUACAUUUUCAAGGUCAUAACUAAAGAUCACUUGAGAAAAUAAAAAGCUUUGAAAUCCAAACAACAUAAUGUAGAAAUUUUAAGCGAUUGAAAUGAUCUUUUUUCUAGGUUGAUACUUCCUCCUGACCCCCCGAAGUGGUGACCUCUGGUGAGAAAAUAAUUCCCUAUUUUUUUAUUUUUUCUGUUUUCAAAAAACUCGGGCUGUAUAGUGGGCCGCUCAAUUUUCAAAAAUGUUAUAAAAUACAAAUUC